AUGAGUAGGCGCGGGCUUGGUUUUCAGCACUGUACAGGGACUGCUGUUAUAAUUCUAGUAGUUGUUGACAUUUCUUGUUAAAGAUCCAUAGGCUGUUUUCAUAGGCAUGGCCGUGAAACUCCGAAGCCCUCUUGCUCGCCUUAUCUACGAGAAGUAUGAGCAUGCGCAGGAGCAUAUGAAUUCGAAUCAUGAUUAUGUACCGCACUUUUACAAUUUAUCAAUUGUAGUGGUAUAGUGUCAGGAAUGAAUAUUUGUCGACCGAACUAAUGAAAAUUUUCCUUCAAUCUGAGCAAGAUGAGGAGACCACAGCUUUUCUUCAGAAUUGUUACGAAAAAUCAGAUUGGUUCUUCACCCAGCUCUACCAUUCGAUCUCGAAGUCUGUUUUAACCUGGUUUAUGACAGUGACAUCAGCCAACGGGCAAGUGGAAGUCCAUUUUCAUUUCUAUCACAUUGUUUUGGCUACAGUGCUGAGCCGUCUUCUCACCAACGCUGUUCCCGCCUGCCUUCGAAUUCUCCUUUAGACCCGCAGUUAUGGCCACUAAGGGUGAAACCGAAAUAUCAUAAGCAUGUUACGUAUUGAUGGGCAGGACGUCCUGCCCGUCUGCAGGCAGUGUUACUGCUUUUGUAGUCAAAAAUACCAUCCUGGUGUUCGCCGGCAUGCCUUUGUUCACUUUACCCAGGCGCCGGCAAAAAACAUAGUUAAGUAGGAUUCCAUCGUUUUUUUAGAGACACCACGCGUCGGUUUAACAAGCGAUAGACUUAUCACGUACUCGAGGUUGCUUUGGUUGUCUCAGUUAUGCCGUCAUGGCUCACGAAUUUUCGAUUGGCAACCACUGCGAUCCCUUCGCUUCUAAUUAGUUUGUCUGAAUGCUAAGUCAGGAAGCAGUCGAAUUUUCCCAACUCCUCUUAAAAUUGUCUUUCAGGCCACCUCUAGUAUACGCAUUUCAGUUUUUGCAAACCAUUAAGUAUUGGUACGUUUUCGUGGCCUCAACAGUCAAUAACGCAUGUUUUUUAAAUAAACGGUUUUGUCUUUCCUGAAGGCUUCUUAAUCGGGGUUCGAUGUUUGUGCUUUCCACCGCGCAGUUCCGCCGUUUGCUCGGUGUCACCAGUGACUGGCAUGCCAAACGACUGUUGGAUCUAGGUAACCACUAUUUGUUUCAUCACCGUUGUUUGCAUUCGGUUCAUCGGAAUUUGUCAAUGCGUUCUUUAUUGAUGAUUUGCACAUCCAAAUGAUGAUUAUCUCCUCAGGUAGUGUCGACCAUCUUGUUUUAUAAAUAUUUUUCAGCUUUGUCUGGCUCCCGCCAGUUAAUAUCUGCGUAAUAAUUUUCAUGAUCACCCUUUAAAACGGCUCACCACAUUUGCAAGCAAGGGUGUGUAGAAACAUUUUUGUACUGCCAUAAGUACGCUAGAGACCCAGUGCAUUUUCUGUUUUCGGCAUCUCAGCCUAUUUAUGCCUUUAAAUAGCCCAUAAAUUAUGAUCUGAUAGGCGCAUCUGUUGCGUGUGAAGACGUUGAGGGUAGCACACACGGGGUAACGUGAAGCGUUGGAAAUGACGCCUGGCUUCGAACGAGCUGAAGAGUUGUUAGACACGUCAUUACACUCAACCAGACGAUAAAAUAGAGGAGGAAAUUGACUGUGAGCGUCCCUCUACCAUCAUAUAUAUAUAUAUAUAUAACGCCAUUCUGCUUAUAUCAUGCGUCGCUGUGCGACUGCUGGUUGGCCUCAAGGGAGAGAGAGAACCCUAAGGCACAAUCAGGGUCCCAUAAAAACAGUCGGUGAGCGCCCUUCUAUCACUGUAUAUUCUCCAUCGCAUCCGACAGGACAGGAAGAGGAUUUUCUAUGUAUAGUAAUAGUCAUUGGUACAGGAAAAGAUGAGCUGCAGCAGGGGAAUGACCUGAUCUGAGACCUAAGUCCCCGAAUUCCGUCUGCCAUGCAAGUAGCCUGUUGCCUGCUUGCAUAGUAAUAAUUGUCGUUUAUUUGCGCAUGUUGACCUUUUAUACAUCAAAUUACUCACGUUUGAUAGUGGCCUCUGUGAUGGGUGACAUUCUGGCUGCUUUUUCCGGACUGUUAGCCUGAACUGGUCGAGGGGCCGUAAAACUAGUCUGCGAAAUGGUGGUUAAGACUUGAAUGGUAGCACUUGACGUCAUGCUGUUACCAGCACACGGCGAACUUCGUGGAAAGUAGAUUCCCUGAGUGUCCAUCUAUUAACUCAGCCUCUUAUCCUAAGUGCUGGGUCGAGUUCCGCAUUAUAUAAAGAUUUGCUACCGUUUUUGUUAGUCCAGAGUCCACAGUGUCGGAACUGUCUACUUUGACAUUCAGCAUUUCCUGGGCAACGAUCAGGUGAAGAAAUUCCCGGAACUACUAUGCAGCACUGCGACUGAUUUUUAUUGAUUGAUUGAUUUGUAUUAUGCUUUUUAGCCAGUAGUGAUGGCCCUGACUUCUCUACCAAUGUAGUCCCAAUGUUCUAAUAGCGCAGUAUCAUCUUGUAACCGUCUAGCUUCACUUUUUCCUCGUACCGACAGCAAAUUAGUUGCAAACCCUCCUGAGACCGCUGCAGAAAAUGCCAUAGCCAGCUAGGAUGUUCCCUGAAAUGGAUUCGCCUAGGUUGCGGCCGUUCUAUUGACAAAAGCGACACAUUUUUGUUGUUACCGCUGGCUAUGUCAGGCUGUGCAUUUUUGACGCGAACAACGCUUCUUCUUUCAGGCGCCGGUGACGGUAAAGUAACGGCCAAAAUGGCCCCACUCUUUGACGAGGUCUACACAACAGAAAUGUCACCUGUCAUGCGAUGGCGCCUAAAGCAGGCAAAUUUCACGUAAGCUACGCGCUCCGUACGUCUCUCUUCUCUCCACACCGCCAGCCUCAGGGCCCUUUCUUGCCCUGUUCUUUCUCCCUAGAGUCCUCGAUGUUGACAAAUGGGACCAACUCCCUGAAACAAGUGAUACCUCCGUUGACCUUGCGUCCUCCUCCUCCUCCAAGCCAGCUCAACCGGAGUACGACGUGGUCAGUUGCCUCAACCUCCUCGACCGUUGUUCUGAACCACUUACUCUCCUACGUAGGAUUCGGGAGGUUCUUAAACCCGGUUCGGGCUUGCUAGUGCUUGCCGUCGUCUUUCCCCUGAAACAGUAUGUGGAAUGUAAGUGAUAUUCGAUGGAAUUGCAUCUUUCUGAGGUUCUUGUUGGACCCUCUUCCGUGGCAUGAAGUUUACUGGCUCGAGUUCGCUGCUCUGGCUGUGGUAGAUCCUUUACAGGAAACUAUCUGUGUGCGCGCACCGGUAGGUGGUGUUGUUGGCCGGGAAAUUGGCCCAUUCGACUCCACAGGGCAAUGAUCGUAGCCUUUCGGUAGUCCAAAGACUCAAUUGGACCGCUGCCGCUGCGUUUAACGCCUUGGUGGAUAGACUAUUCCCGACGCAUGUUUCUAUUCAGUUCUCUAGCCCACCAACUCAAGCCCUAAGGAUUCUUCUGGACGGCGAGUGAAGCAACAUUUGCCAGAUCUGUGCACAGUCGCUCCCUAGUGAUAACCUCUGCAGCAUCUGCGACUCCUAGUCUGUCUAUUUCGCAGGAAACUCCAAGCCGUUCCACUCUCUGCCGCCCGUGAAAAAGCCCAGUUGCUUGUGAUUAGACUAACAACAAGCCCGACUCCCCAGUUUAUGUCAGUUUUGGCACAGUUGACUGGCUUUUGUGUGAAAAUGCUUUUUAAGUAGGCUAGACUUUCCAAUUCCGCGACAACCUGUAGCUUAUAAUGUUUUGCAUUGCGUAGUACUUUGCCGUGUGCUUUGCUAUACUAACACUCGGUGCGUUGUUACCGCUGCAUAUCUUUAAUGGCAGUACGUACUCUUAUAGCGCUCCGAAACCGCGGUCUUCAAUUACUUGCGCCAGUUAGGCCCAUCUUGCAUUCUUGCAGUCGUCUACCAGUGCCAGCGUUGAUUGCGGUCACCAGUGAUGAUUGGUUAAUAAAGAUGAUUUUGAGAGUUGGAACUUUUGGAUGUGAAGUCUCCCCCUACCUUCGCCUUGCUACCCCGUUUGUGGUUUCAUACAGCGUCGUUUAUCUUGUAUGAAGUAUUACAUCCAGGUCUGCCGAGUUACUUGAAAACCCUUGUUGUUUAUGGCCUUUGACAUCCGCACAGUUCACUUGUUCGGUCUCAGUGUCAUCAUUAAUGCACUGGACCCUGCUUCGGGCACACGCCAGUCAGCUGAUCUUCAUGCAGUUUGUCGGACGGGUCGUUGGUAACGAGAUUAGGAACACUGCCUUCUCUGCCGAGUCCUAUUUUAGUAAACGAAUUCAAUUACAGUGAGUGACCGACCUCAUGAAAUGUUGGCUGAAAUUCUGAAAUGUCUAUUCGACUAGGAAGGUUUACUUAGGUGGGGUUUAAACAUUCAUUAUCAUGGGACAUAGUCAUAGUAUAUUUCGAGCUCGGCAGAAUGUCGGCUUUUGAAAGCUUACAUUUUAAUAUCCUAUAAAAACCUUAAUCACUAAAACAUGACUACUUAAGUAGCAUGCAUUUUUGCAAUGAUUUUGGACGGUUUUGAAAAUUCAAAUAUAUUUUACAGAAACUCCGAACAAAAAUAUGCUUUCUUUCAGUUGUCUAAUAGAGACUCAUUUGUCUUUAUAUUUUAUACCCGAAGAAGGAGUACAACUAGGUUUCAUAAAAGUUUUCUAAUCCCCAAAUAAUUUGGAGCCUGAUCAGCGCUUAGGGAUUUUAGUCUACAAGGCGCAUGUGUUCUCCGUAAAGAAAAUUACAUAUACUUCCAUGCCUUUAAAAAGCUAAUAUAUAGGAUCCAUGAAAUUCUGCAGUGGAACUGGACCAUCUACAUUUCAUGUGGAGCAGUGGUAAACAGACAGGUACGAUGCUGUAUGAAUGGACAUUGCGCGGUCUUUAAUAAUCUCAUAGUUAGAAACUGCGUCAAGGCCUUAUUAUACUUUGUUUCGAAUAUAAAAUAUAAAGAUGACGUGAUUCUCUAUCAAACGACUGAAAGAAAGCAUAUUUUUGUUUGUGGUUUCUAUAAAAUAUAUUUAGAUCUGCCAGAGCAUCGAAAAUCAAUGUCAAAAAUGCAUGCUUCUUAAGUAGUCAUUUCUUACCGAAUAAGGUUUCUAAGGGAGAUUUAAAAGCAGUGCAAUAAGAGGCUGACGUCCUGCCGAUUCCGAAAUAUUACAGGAUUAUGACGCAAGAAAAUCAGUUUUGCAACCGCGCUAAAGUAGUUUUUCCUAAUUGAAAACGCAUUUCAGAAUUUCAGCCAACAUUUCAUGAGAUCGGUCACUCACUGCAGGUAGCGAUGAAGCUAUGACUGCUCUUCAUUGUUCCCUCAACUGGUUGAAGAAACGGCGGCCCCCUGCCACUGGCAUCCCAGAGUCCCACUUGCAGUCCUUCGUCGCCUGUAAAUAA